GCUAAAGGCCAGAAAAAGAGGGGUGGGGCUGCUUCUAGGUCACUAGCUUGAAUUUGUUUCAAAACAACAUGGAAUUGUCUAAAAGAUCAUCAUUGGUUCUAGUUUGUGCAAUACUGUUUGCUGUGGCAACUGUAAAUAGUCAGGGUGGCUCUUCUGUGACAUGGCAAGGCAGUGGUCUUGGCUCAGGAGACAACUAUAGCUAUUUAAUACCAUACAUGUCUGCAGUCAUACCAACCACCACAGCAACGGCUACAGCCUCAAUGACUACCAGUGCCACAGUACUUCCAACUGAAACACCAACGCCUGCAACAACUAUGCCCCCAGCUACUCCUGCAACAACUAUGCCUCCAGCUACUCCUGCAACAACUAUGCCCCCAGCUACUCCUGCAACAACUAUGCCCCCAGCUACUCCUGCAACAACUAUGCCCCCAGCUACUCCUGUAGUGUUUAUACAGCUGUCUUUCAAUGCAACGAGAGAGGAGUUCAACACAACUGUCAUGCCAACUCUUAUAGCCAUCCUGAGGAACAUUACUAAGAGCAAUGCAGAGAUAGUAGUGCUAGUUGAUACGGAACAAUCUGACACACUACUUACAUUUGUCUUCUUCGAAUCCACUGAGUCUGAAUCUGGAGAAGAGAUCACUCGAACAGCAUUCAUCACUCUCAUGUCAACCAAUAAUGCUGCUUGGGCUCAGUUGAGAAAAAAAUAUAGUGUGACGUUUGAGCUAAUGACGAGCACACCAAUCACGCCAAUCACGCCAAUUACACUCACACUAUGGCAGUGGAUUAUUGUUACAGUAGGCGCUACACUCGUAAUGCUAACUCUGCUUAUCACAACAACAUGCUGUUGCCGGAGUAUUAUUCUGAAAAGAAGGCAAAAGAAGUCAACUCCGAGGGGUUACAAGCACUACAAACUGGAAGAAUCUGAUCUGCCUAAUCAAGAUACCCCCAAACCGCUGGUAGAGAUGAAUGCCUACCCUGGACACCCGAGGAAGGUGACCAGGAUCUCACUAAGACCAAAAGGAAUGUUACAGCAGUUGUCUCACCCACUGACUCUUGAGGAGCUUGAGCCGCUGGUAGACAACACCGCAGCACUGUACAAUGAAUAUGCUUCUAUCCCGUCCAACAUGGUCAGUAUGGCAGAGGUACCUCCUGGAGCAGAGGACAAGAACAGAUAUCGAGACGUGUUGCCAAAUCCUUACACGAGGGUAUCCUUGUUCCUCAAGUUUGGAAUUUCGAACUCUGACUACAUCAAUGCCAACUACAUUCGAGGUUACAAAGACAGGUCCAAGAACUUCAUAGCGACACAAGGACCUCUGCAGUGGACAGUUGCUGACUUCUGGAGGAUGGUUUGGGAGCAGCGAGUGUCCACCAUCAUUAUGGUCACUGGCUUGGAAGAAAGAGGAACGAACAAGUGCGCAAGGUAUUGGCCAGAUACUACGAUUAACCACGGCACAACUUUUGAGGAUCUGGAAGUAAGACUUAAGAGGCGGCUUACGGCUUCCAACAAGGAUUACACCACCACCACAUUCCACCUUGCACACAGACAAAAAAUGGUAUCUAGAGAGGUGACUCAUUUUUGGUUCACUGGUUGGCCAGAUCAUGGUGUACCUACUUCUGCCAAAUCUGUGGUGGAGUUUCUGAUGCAUGUUCGAGGACUGAUAAGAGAGAUACCUGGACCCAGUGUAGUCCACUGCAGUGCUGGCAUUGGUCGGACGGGAGUGUUUAUUGGGGCAGACAUUGGUAUGCAACAGCUGGAGGAAGAGGGACAGGUGGACCUGCUCAAGAUCGUCUCCACCAUGAGGCAGGACAGAGGGGGGAUGGUACAGACAAGGGAUCAGUACGCCUUUCUGCACAAGAUUUUGCUGGAGUAUGGUCACUACUUGUCUCAAGUACGCAACACAUACAGAGGUGGCAUGGCAAGAGGACAAAGUUCAUUUACCCAGCUACAGCCCACUAUACAAGAGGAGAACUCUGCAGACACUUUAGCUCUGCUCACAUAUGUAUCUAUUUAUAAUGUCAUUGUGGACAGCCUACACAGACAGACUGCAGCCAUGGCCAGUGGAGAUAUGGACGGGAUAGCUUCGGACACAAUGACUCUGACACGGUUCGUGUUGACAGAGCAACGCAAGAUCAAAGGAGCUACAGGCAGCCUGACCCUGCUGCUCAAUUCCCUCCUCACUGCAAUCAAAGCCAUCUCCACUGCAGUGCGCAAGGCUGGAUUUGCUAAACUGGGUACAGCUGUAGGAGGCACCAACGUGCAAGGAGAGGAGCAAAAGAAACUGGACGUCCUCGCCAACGACCUGUUCAUCAAUAUGCUCAAGUCUUCCUUUGAAGUCGGUGUGAUGGUGUCUGAGGAGAACGAAAAGUGCAUUGAAGUGCCUGCAGCCGAACGUGGCAAGUACGUCGUGUCCUUUGACCCCCUGGACGGCUCCUCCAACAUUGACUGUCUGGUCUCCAUUGGCUCCAUCUUUGGAAUUUGGAAAAAGGUAUGUGAAGGUCCGGCGUGUGAAGCUGACCUCCUCCAGUCUGGUAGGGAGAUGGUUGCCGGUGGAUACGCCCUGUAUGGCAGUGCCACCAUGAUCGUGUUGUGCACUGGAGAGCUUGUUAAUGGAUUCACCCUUGACCCUUCUAUUGGAGAGUUUGUACUGACCCAUCCUAACAUCAGGGUACCUCCGAGGGGCAAUAUAUUCUCCAUCAACGAGGGCUACGCACAGUACUGGGACGAGUCUGCCACAGAGUAUGUCCGUCAGUGCAAGUUCCCCAAGGACGGGAAGGCUCCCAUGGGUGCUCGAUACGUCGGUUCCAUGGUAGCUGAUCUGCAUCGCACUCUCCUCUAUGGUGGAAUCUUUAUGUACCCUGCCUCUACCAAGAGCCCAAAGGGAAAGCUGAGACUCCAGUAUGAGUGCAAUCCAAUGGCUUACAUUAUUGAGAAGGCUGGUGGCAAGUCUACUACUGGAACCAAAAGUAUCCUGGACAUACAACCCGUCAGCAUUCAUGACCGCGCCCCCAUCUUCAUUGGAUCUUCGGAGAAUGUGGACGACUACCUCAAAGUGCGGGCAGAGUGCCAGAAGAAGUAAAAGUGCAUUUCUAUUCAUUGCUAUAUGGUAGAUAAACAUAACAAUUAUCUAGUACUUAUUCAACAGUUUUUUUAUGAUGAAUAUAUAUAAAACAACUUAACGUAGUGAAA